CACACAUACAUGCAGGGGCCGCUUUAAAGAGCGGGUGUUUAUAAAGUCACGCUUUUUUGCCAUUCUGCAGCCGGUCACUUGCCACCAGAGCUGGCUGCCUGCAGGAGCUGCCUUUAACUGGAACAGCAAGCCAAACCCCGACGCAGACGGUCAGGGAUUCAGCAGACGCUCUGAUUCGAGGAAUACCUCUAAUUUGCUGUACUUGAUCACAUUCGGCCAUCCUGAAGGAGCCAAUGAAGGACCAGAAGCAGCAGGCCUACUGGCAGGAGACGGGCCGAUGGGCGGGCUACGAGGAGAGCUUCGACCCCCAGGCGGGGGUGUGGGCCUCCUCACAGAUCUCCUACCUCACCUUCAAGAGCCUCAUCCAGCUCCGGCGCACCCUGAACACCGGUGUGACGAUUUUUAACUGUGAGGAGACGACCCUGGCCACCAUCGCCGAGAAGAUGGUCACUGAGAUGGUGAACAAGAAAGAGAUCAGGCCGGGAGAUCGGGAGGAAGUGCUGAAAUCUCUGCUCCAAGACCGCAGCCAACCGUCCGACCCAGAGAGCCAAGCCCUGACCGACAGGAUGGAGCUGCAGAGGUUUUCAGUCAAAGAAAGAGUGAGCUCUUCAAUCCAUCUGAUUAUUUAUUCAACUGUUGUCAAUCAAACAUUAUAA